AUGUCGGUAGUACAGACAGUUACGAGCAAGAUCGUGAUCAAUGGGGCCACCCUUGAAUACAGCCGUGCGGACCCCGUGGAAUCGAAUGGUAAAGUCAUACUUACGUUGCACGGUGGACGUGGGUUUGGUUCGAAAGAAUCGGAUUUCAACGUUUACAGCCAAUUCGCACGCUACGGUUACACGGUGGUGAGUUUUGAUUACCGGGGCCACGGCAACAGCUCUGCGACUCCGCCUUUCAGCUUCAAACAGCUGGUGAACGACAUCGAGGCAGUCAAGCAGGCGUUCAGCCCGCGUGAGAAAGUGGUUGUGAUUGGCGGGAGUUUCGGUGGGUUUCUUGCGCAGCAGUACGUGAUCACGUACCCACGCAGCGUGUCGCAUCUGGUGCUGCGGGGCACGGCCCCGUCGUACCACCACGAGGAGGAAUGCCUGUCGCAGCUGAUGAAACGGCUGCCCAAAGCGACGUGUGCUUCGCGAGAGAUGGUUGCCAAGGUGUUUUCGUCGUUUGAAAGCGACGAGGAGUUUCGGUUGACGAUGUUUGCGCUGGGCCCGCUCUACGUGGAAGAUUACGACGCGGACCAAGGGCUUGCCAACGUGCUGGGCACCAAGUACUCUGCGCAAAGCCACAACGAGCUUUAUUCCGAGAAGGAGAAAUACUUUGAUUUCCGCGACAAACUGGGGAGCGUCGAUAUCCCGACGCUAAUUGUCGUGGGCAAGAACGACUGGAUUUGCCCACUAGGUAUGUAA